UCUCUUGUAUCCCAGGUCCCCAGUCUCUGUGAGGACCUGCUGUCCUCGGUUGACCAGCCUCUCAAGAUCGCCCGAGACAAGAUAGUGGGGAAGGAUUACCUGCUGUGUGACUACAACCGAGACGGGGACUCCUACAGGUCCCCCUGGAGUAAUAAGUAUGAGCCCCCGAUCGAUGAUGGAGCCAUGCCCUCGGCCCGCCUGCGCAAGCUGGAGGUCGAGGCAAACAACGCCUUCGACCAGUACAGAGACCUGUAUUUCGAGGGGGGUGUGUCCUCGGUGUACCUCUGGGAUCUGGAUCACGGGUUCGCCGGCGUGAUUCUCAUCAAGAAGGCGGGAGACGGGUCCAAGAAAAUCAAGGGCUGUUGGGACUCCAUUCACGUGGUGGAGGUGCAGGAGAAGUCCAGCGGCCGCACUGCCCACUACAAGCUGACCUCGACAGUCAUGCUGUGGCUACAGACCACCAAGACCGGCUCAGGCACCAUGAACCUGGGGGGCAGCCUGACCAGACAGAUGGAGAAGGACGAGACAGUCAGUGAGUCGUCUCCUCACAUAGCCAACAUCGGCCGCCUGGUGGAGGACAUGGAGAAUAAGAUCCGCAGCACUCUGAAUGAGAUCUACUUUGGGAAGACCAAGGACAUCGUCAAUGGGCUGAGGAGCGUACAGACACUGGCAGACAAAUCCAAGCAGGAGAACCUCAGGAACGACCUGGUGGAGGCGCUCAAACGCAAACAGCAGAGUUAGAACCCAGCUGCACUCGUCUCUCCCCCCCUCCCCUCUCCCUGUCCAACGCUGCGCACUCUCUCCGUCUCUCUUGAGAGCAGAGAUUUCUUUUGUUUAGUUGUUUUUUUAGUCCUGUUCUGUCUGUUAUUCGCUCACUCUCAAAGCCAUUCACUUUAUCCAUUUAAAAUAAAAAAAACACGAAACACAAACCGUGCAGUAAGUGUUUCUUUUCCCGCGCGGGCCGGCUAACCCUGCAGACUCUCGUUCUUUCAUUAGAAGUAUUUUGUUUCUUUGAUUCAGAUGUAAUAAUGGUACACACUAAACACAGCUGGAUGUUUUUUGUGUCGUCUUUUUCUCUCUUGGUUUUUGGUGUAAGUUUCAGAGUUGUACGGAGGUGCGUUCCAGUGAUGGAAACGCAGGCUUGUUUUUGUGAAGCGUGUGUCUUUGUAAAGAUCUUACAAACCUCAGAGAGAUCUCUCUUACUGGAGCCUCCACCAUGAUAAUAAUAAUGAUGAUGAUGACAAUAAAACUCAAAACUGGUCUAAAGCAAA